CUGUACGUUUACGAAUGUCAGUGGGACAAAAAUCAUUCCCCCUGUGGUAUGCAUAUCGAAGGUGACCAGGCCAGCGUCACAGACCAUCUCGCCAGGUUUCAUGGCUUCACGGGCGGUGAAGGGGAUACUACUUGUCUCUGGGAUGGAUGUACGUCAAAAAAGCGCACCGCUAUGAAAGGUACGAGUAUCGCUCGUCACCUCGUCACGCAUAUCGGCUACAAAAUAAAAUGUACCGCCUGCAACGUCGACUAUGCGCGGGAAGAU